UGAACAAGUACUCAUCUGCGAGCCCAGCUCCACAACAUCUGAAGAAAUAAAACAAGAACGCUGGUCGCUGGGGAAGUCGGGGAAGAAGAAGCGUCGCUCGACCGAACCCGCGCAGCGCCAGCCCUCCACCGCGCUGCCACGCCACCGCGCCCCGCCUCCAAGACCGCUCGUCCGUUGACCGUCGACCAUCAUCCGCACUCCGCACUACUCCGCAGUCCGCCCGUUACUCGGCAGGCCUGUAGCAGUUUGGUUGUAAAAUGGACAAGGAAACAGAUUAUGAGCUUUUGGUUGCAGACAAUAUCAUUGGACCGUUUCUUAUUGCUUCAAAUUGUUCCAGCAUAGAAGUGGCCCUGGAGAAGCUUAUUGGAAUUGCUAAAACUCCAGAAGGCCGUUCGCAGCUUGCUUCCCAAAAUGUCAUUUCCAAACUCCUGGAACUGUGCUUAUCCAUCUCAUAUCCUAUGGGUUGUCACAUCCUUUCCCUCUCCUUAAAGUUACUUAGAAAUCUCUGUGCAGGAGAAAUAAGAAACCAAAAUGCUUUCCUUGAAGAAAAUGGAGUGGAAGUUAUCUCAACUACUAUAACUUCCAUAGGAUUUGCUUCUGAUUAUGAUGCUGAGAUUGUUCGAAUGGCUCUGCAACUUCUGGCUAAUUUUGUAUUGGCUGGUGGAGAACAUCAGCGGGCUGUUUGGUGCAAAUUCUUUCCAAAUGGGUUCUUGAAUCUUGCCAGGGUAAGAAGCAGUGAGACUUGUGAUCCCUUGUGUAUGGUUAUUUACAGUUGUUGUGAAGGGGAUGAUAAGCUAUUAACUGAUUUAUGUAAUGAACAAGGGCUGCCCGUGAUUGUUGAAAUUAUAAGGACAGCAUGUAUGGCUGAUUCCGCCACAGGGAGCUGGUUCAAAUUGCUUCUAUCAACAAUUUGCAUUGAAGGGUAUCACACUGAAUCAGUUUUCUUCAAGUUAGAUCCAGAUUAUGCUGCUGGUAUGAUUCCUGCGGAUGGGCAUUAUGUUUCUGAGCAAGCAUAUACUUUGCGCACCCUUUCUGACGCAUUGAACGGCGGAAUAGAGAUUUUAGCUGUAACCUCUGAUUUUGCUUUAUGCAUUCUUGGGAUACUAAGAAGUGCUGCUGGCGGUGUUGAUUUUACCACUAGAGGAAAAGUAGGUCUUCCGACUGGCUCCAUUCUUGUAAAUGUUCUAGGGUAUUCUUUGACCAUUUUGAGAGAUAUUUGUGCAUGUGAUCGCCGCACUGGUUUCAAAGAUGAUGUCGUGGAUGUGCUCGUUUCAUCUGGACUAAUUGAGUUGCUGCUUUCUUUCCUUCGUAGCCUUGAACCUCCGGCAAUAAUUCGAGCCGCGAUGAAACAACAGCAACACCGCGAGAACCGCCAUGAGAAGGAAGAGACCACCAUGUCUUCUCGUCAGAUUAUCACUUGCUGUCCUUACAAAGGUUUUAGGAGAGACAUAGUUGCAAUACUUGGAAAUUGUUUAUACAGGAGAAAGUACGUGCAAGAUGAAAUUAGAAAGAGAAACGGCAUUGUUUUAUUAUUGCAACAGUGUGUCCCUGAUGAAGAUAAUCCCUUCUUAAGGGAAUGGGGUAUUUGGGCGGCAAGGAAUCUAUUUGAAGGAAACACAGAUAACGAAAGAGUUGUUGCAGAUUUAGAGCUUCAGGGGACCUUAAAUGUUCCUGAACUUGCUCUGCUUGGUCUGCGAGUAGAAGUAGACCCUAGAACUCAUCGUGCCAAGCUCGUACACUGACAAGUACACUGGAAUCUCGGAUCAGUGAUUGCUGCCCUAUUGAUCGUAUCUUGCUUGUUUUUGUGUUUUUGAAUUCGGUAAUUUAUACUCUAGCGAUGUUAUGCUAUAAUAACUCAAGCAAAAGCCUCAUUUUGAGAAGAGGGAGGAAGGCAUACAUUAUUUAUGGGUAAACAUCAAUGAUGCGUUCUAAACUAGGAGUAUAAUGUCGUCCUAAAUAGAAACAAUUGCUGACACGCUUGACAAAUAAUUUCAAAAUGAUACGUU